UGGGAGGAAGAGAGAGAGGGAGACCGGGACGAGACCGGGGCUGUGGUGCGGAGAGAGGCUGAGGCUGAGAAGAGGAGAGGGAGAGAAGGCGCGGGGACCGCCCUUAGCUACAGUCUUUCAGCUGCCCUCAGGAGAGGAAGGGGGAAAGGGAGGAGACCGGGGCGGGAGUGAGGGCUGUCACCCUCGGACCCCGGCGUGAGAGGGGCCGUGCGGCCGGACGUCCUCGGGGUGGGCCCCCUGUCGGUGGCCGAAGACCUGGGGCUCAGGCCCUUCCGUCGUGAAUUUCCGGGCUUGACUCCUCGCUUCUCAAAUAUCCGGGUAUCAGCCCCUCAGAUCCCACAUAUCCAGGACUCGGGUCCUAACCUCUCUAAACCUGGGGCUCCGUUUCAUAGGAUUUCAAAUAUCGGGUUCAGGUUCUGCGUGCACCAGUAUCCGGGGUUCAUUCCCCACGCGUUCAGGUAUCAAAUUCAGCCUCCCUUCGUUCAAAUAUCUGGGGUUCAGACCCCACAAUCAGAAAUCCGGGAUUCAGCAACUGUCGCCCUCGCGGAGGAGGAGGACUGGACCGCGAGGUCAGAUCAGGUUGUCACCCCCUCCCCUCCAGGGGAGGCUUCCCGGGCCCGCCCCUCAGGAAGGGCGAAAGCCGAGGAAGAGGUGGCAAGGGGAAAGGUCUCCUUGCCCCUCUCCCUGCUUGGCAGAGCCGCUGGAGGACCCCAGGAGGAGGCGGAAGCGCUGGGGCACCAUAGUGACCCCUACCAGGUCAGGCCCCACUCUCAGGGCCCCCAGGGGCCAUCAUGCCAGCUGGGGGCCGGGCCGGGAGCCUGAAGGACCCUGAUGUGGCUGAGCUCUUCUUCAAGGAUGACCCUGAAAAGCUCUUCUCUGAUCUCCGGGAAAUUGGCCAUGGCAGCUUUGGAGCCGUGUACUUUGCCCGAGAUGUCCGGAAUAGUGAGGUGGUGGCCAUCAAGAAGAUGUCCUAUAGUGGGAAGCAGUCAAAUGAGAAGUGGCAGGACAUCAUCAAGGAGGUGCGGUUCCUGCAGAAGCUCCGGCACCCCAAUACCAUUCAGUACCGGGGCUGUUACCUGAGGGAGCACACGGCUUGGCUGGUGAUGGAGUAUUGCCUGGGCUCAGCUUCUGACCUUCUAGAAGUGCACAAGAAGCCCCUUCAGGAGGUGGAGAUUGCAGCUGUCACCCAUGGGGCCCUUCAGGGCCUGGCUUACCUGCACUCCCACAACAUGAUCCAUAGGGAUGUGAAGGCUGGAAACAUCUUGCUAUCAGAGCCAGGCUUGGUGAAGCUAGGGGACUUCGGCUCUGCAUCUAUCAUGGCACCCGCCAACUCCUUUGUGGGCACCCCGUACUGGAUGGCUCCAGAGGUGAUCCUCGCAAUGGAUGAGGGGCAGUACGAUGGCAAAGUGGAUGUCUGGUCCUUGGGGAUAACCUGCAUCGAGCUGGCGGAACGGAAACCACCGCUGUUUAACAUGAAUGCGAUGAGUGCCUUAUACCACAUUGCACAGAACGAGUCCCCCGUGCUCCAGUCAGGACACUGGUCUGAGUACUUCCGGAAUUUUGUUGACUCCUGUCUUCAGAAAAUCCCUCAAGACAGACCAACCUCAGAGGUUCUUCUGAAGCACCGCUUUGUGCUCCGGGAGCGGCCACCCACAGUCAUCAUGGACCUGAUCCAGAGGACCAAGGAUGCCGUGCGGGAGCUGGACAAUUUGCAGUACCGAAAGAUGAAGAAGAUACUGUUCCAAGAAGCACCCAAUGGCCCUGGUGCUGAAGCCCCAGAGGAGGAGGAGGAGGCCGAGCCCUACAUGCAUCGGGCUGGGACGCUGACCAGUCUAGAGAGUAGCCACUCAGUGCCAAGCAUGUCCAUCAGCGCCUCCAGCCAGAGCAGUUCAGUCAAUAGCCUAGCUGAUGCCUCGGACAACGAGGAGGAAGAGGAGGAGGAGGAAGAGGAAGAGGAGGAAGAGGAAGGCCCUGAAGCCCGAGAGAUGGCCAUGAUGCAAGAAGGGGAGCAUACAGUUACCUCCCAUAGUUCCAUCAUCCACCGACUGCCGGGUUCUGACAACUUGUAUGAUGAUCCCUACCAGCCGGAGAUGACCCCAGGUCCUCUCCAGCCACCCGCAGCCCCAGCUCCCACCUCUACCACCUCUUCUGCCCGCCGCCGGGCCUACUGCCGCAACAGGGAUCACUUUGCCACCAUCCGUACUGCCUCCCUGGUCAGCCGUCAGAUCCAGGAGCAUGAGCAGGACUCAGCCCUGCGGGAGCAGCUGAGUGGCUAUAAGCGGAUGCGACGACAGCACCAGAAACAGCUGCUGGCCUUGGAGUCACGGCUGAGGGGUGAACGUGAGGAGCAUAGCGCACGGCUACAGCGGGAGCUUGAGGCACAGCGGGCCGGCUUUGGGGCUGAGGCAGAAAAACUGUCCCGGCGGCACCAGGCCAUUGGUGAGAAGGAGGCACGAGCCGCCCAGGCCGAGGAGCGAAAGUUCCAGCAGCACAUCCUUGGGCAGCAGAAGAAAGAGCUAGCGGCCCUGCUGGAGGCACAGAAGCGAACCUACAAACUUCGGAAGGAGCAGCUAAAGGAGGAGCUCCAGGAGAACCCCAGCACACCCAAGCGGGAGAAGGCCGAGUGGCUUCUGCGGCAGAAGGAGCAACUCCAGCAGUGCCAGGCAGAGGAGGAGGCGGGGCUGCUGCGGCGACAGCGUCAGUACUUUGAGCUUCAGUGUCGCCAGUAUAAGCGCAAGAUGCUGCUGGCCCGUCACAGCCUGGACCAGGACCUGCUGCGGGAGGAUUUGAACAAGAAGCAGACCCAGAAGGACUUGGAGUGUGCGUUGCUGCUGCGGCAGCAUGAGGCCACGCGAGAGCUGGAGCUACGGCAGCUCCAGGCUGUCCAGCGCACACGGGCCGAACUCACCCGCCUGCAGCACCAGACAGAGCUGGGCAACCAGCUGGAGUACAACAAGCGGCGUGAGCAAGAGUUGCGGCAGAAGCAUGCAGCCCAGGUUCGCCAGCAGCCCAAGAGCCUCAAAUCUAAGGAGCUGCAGAUCAAGAAGCAGUUCCAGGAGACGUGUAAGAUCCAGACUCGGCAGUACAAGGCCCUGCGGGCACACUUGCUGGAGACCACACCCAAAGCUCAGCACAAGAGCCUCCUUAAGCGGCUCAAGGAAGAACAGACCCGCAAGCUGGCGAUUCUAGCCGAGCAGUAUGACCAGUCCAUCUCAGAGAUGCUCAGCUCGCAGGCGCUACGGCUUGAUGAGACCCAGGAGGCAGAAUUCCAGGCCCUUCGGCAGCAGCUGCAGCAGGAGCUGGAGCUGCUAAACGCCUACCAGAGCAAGAUCAAGAUCCGCACCGAGAGCCAGCAUGAGCGGGAGCUGCGGGAGCUGGAGCAGAGGGUGGCUCUGAGGCGGGCGCUGCUGGAGCAGCGGGUGGAAGAGGAGCUGCUGGCCUUGCAGACAGGGCGCUCCGAGCGAAUCCGGAGUUUGCUCGAGCGGCAGGCCCGUGAGAUCGAGGCUUUCGAUGCUGAGAGCAUGAGGCUGGGCUUCUCCAGUAUGGCUCUGGGGGGCAUCCCAGCCGAGGCUGCUGCACAGGGCUAUCCUGCUCCACCUCCUGCCCCUGCCUGGCCCUCCCGUCCUGUUCCCCGAUCAGGGGCACACUGGAGCCAUGGCCCUCCUCCACCGGGCAUGCCCCCCCCAGCCUGGCGUCAGCCCUCUCUGCUGGCUCCUCCGGGUCCCCCAAACUGGCUGGGGCCCCCCACACAGAGUGGGACACCUCGUGGUGGAGCCCUGCUGCUGCUAAGAAACAGCCCUCAGCCCCUGCGGCGGGCAGCCUCAGGCGGCAGUGGCAGCGACAACGUGGGCCCACCUGCUGCUGCAGUGCCUGGGCCUCUGAGCCGUAGCACCAGUGUCGCUUCCCACAUCCUCAAUGGUUCCUCCCACUUCUAUUCCUGAAGUGCAGGGUGGAUGAGCAGAUGAAUGGGGCAGGGGCAGGGGUGGGUGGAGCCGGUUCCUGGAGGGCUGUAAGCUUGAGGUCCACCCACAGGUGGGGGACAGGAUGUUGGCUCCAGCUCCCCUUAGACCUCCUCAUCUCAUGAGCUUCUUGGGCUGGCCAGUGGCCCAGGGCCAGCUUGGGCCUCGGUGCCUCAAGGCUGACCAGGAGCCCUUGCCUCCCCACCAUGGUGCCAGGGUCUCUCUCCAUCACAGCCUUGGGAAAGGAGGGAGAUGUGCGUGUCAAAUAUUCAUCUGGUCCCCUGGGGGAGGGGAAGGGUGGGUCUAGAUAUAUUAUAUUCAGAGAACUAUACUACCCCCUGUAAUGGGGCCAUGGACUGGGGAUGCCAGGCCCCCCAGACCUGAGGUGUGGCAGAGCAGGUCUGGGUGGGGAGAACAGAAGGAAAAGGCCUUCCUAGGAAAGGAUCAGGAUGUUGUCUUGGGGUCAGGAUGCCUGGUCUCUCCAUUCCCCCGUUGCUGUCUGACGUCCUGUGCCGUUUUGUCCUUUAUCUUUUUUCUUUUUCUUUUUCUUUUUUUUUUUUUUUUUUUUUAUUGAGAUCAGAGCUGGGGCAGGGGAACAAGGGAAGGACCUUGGAAGGGGCUGCUUCCAAACCUGGGGGCAGUCGUGGGAACCCCUCCCAGCUAUGGGGUUGGCACAGAGCCCCACAGCAAGCUUUUAAUAAACUGUUGGUUAUUCUAACAGA